AUGCGUGAUGAUCAGGUGAAAGCAGCUGUUUUAUCAGAUCCUGACAUUAUACUGUUGGGAAUGAACAUGUACGUUGAUCAUGGGAAUCAGACUCAUCGGCAUGUUUAUAUAAAUAACAAAAUGAGGGAACUUGGAAGAUUACUUAUUGAAUUAAGAAAACAUGGCAUUUCAUCUAUAUAUGAAGCUAUUGGAAAUUCUAAUUGGAAUACUCUUAUUAGUUCAGUGCAAGAACUGUGUCAAUUUGAGCCAACUUCAAAUACUUUUGGAAUUCCAUCCCUGGCCUGUAAAGUUGGCCAGUCUCUCAAGAAUAUUGCAGACGACAUUCUUUUUCAGAAAUUGAAAACAGGAGACUCAGAAGGAGGAGAAAUUGCAGAAACUUUUUUAAAGUUAUAUGACCUAGGGUGGACAAAAGACAUAUCUGCAAAAGCAAUAAGAACAUUACAAAUGAACAAAUACAAUAAACGUAAGUUACUACCUUUAGUUGAGGAUGUUGUUAAAAUCAGCAAAUAUAUAGAUAGAAGGUGUAAAGAACUAGAACUAACAAGUGAUUGCUAUAGGGAAUAUUGCCAACUUAUUCUUGCACAGAUAAUUCUUUUCAACCGUAAAAGUGGAGGGGAAACUGAAAGAAUGACAUUAAAGAAUUUUCAAGAUUCUCAGUGUGGAGGAGUUGUUGACAAUGUAGUUUUAAGCACUCUUACAGAAUUUGAAAAGAAUCUAUGCAAAACCCAUCUAAGGGUGGAAAUUAUAGGCAAGAAAAACAGAAAAGUGCUAGUUUUACUAACAGAAACAAUGAAAAAGAACAUUAUGUUUCUUAUUGAAAUGAGAUCUACAGAAGGCAUAACAAGCAACUUUCUCUUCGCGUGGCCUGGAGAAGCUAGACACCCCUUUCGAGGUGUUGAUGCUCUUAGAAAUGUUGUAAGAGAGGCAGAUGUUAAACACCCAGAAUUGCUGACUUCAACGUUGCUAAGAAAACAGAUGGCAACUUUAGCCCAAGUGUUGAAUCUUAGUGAGACAUCUCAAGAUAUUUUGGCAACGUUCCAGGGCUACAUCAUACGAGUUCAUCGCCAAUUUUACAGGCUAUCAGAAGAAACCAUGCAAGUGGCAAAGGUCUCAAAGUUGUUACACUGUAUUAAUAGUGGAACCAUUGCUAGAUUUAAAGGACAGGAUUUCAAUGAUAUUACCUUUGAUGUUAAUGAUGAACUAGAAAGUGACAAUGAGAGUGAGCAAGAUGCUGAGGAGGAUAAGGAAGAGAAAGAAGAGAUAGUAAUUGAGGAAGUACCCAUUCAGGAAGCCACCAAAAAGUGCAGAAAAAGAAACCUGAACAGAAGCGAGUGUGUAGUUCAGCUGAAAAGAAACUGUUGA